UCAGCAGUCCACUGGAAACGUCACGUAGCCUACCGACGUGCGUCGCCGAAGUGUUGCGAUUUUACACAGCAGAUACAAAACAGCACCGUUGUUUAGAUGUUACUUGUGCUCGCUAUAUACAAAAUAAGAACACUGUGUAGAUAUCGAAAUGAGAAUCAACGCAUGGCUGGAUAGCGAUCAGCUAUUUUCGCCGCCUCUUCGACUACCAUCACGCCUAAUCGCUAUAUUUAGUAGCAUAGCGAUAUUGUAGUCUAAACGUUAUUUAUUUAAGUUCAAACGCUGUGAUCAGUGGCGCAAUAAAACAUAGAGACGAAACAUUACCCGAAGAAAGUAUGGACAGCGGAGGGUGUCCAUUAAAUGGUGGAGGGGGCGAAAGUCGCAUAAACGAGGACAACAGGGGAUCCCAAUACGGGAUGAUCACACUGGAAGAUCUCGAGUCUUUCUCGGAGGACCAGCUCUCCGACUCCGGGAACGGGAGUUUGGAAGAGGGCGAAACCAUGGAUGAGGACGAGAAUAACGACAGACUGCUGCAUUACUGGCAGGACGUGGCGAGAGGACAUCGUGUGGAGGUUCCUGGAGACAUGGCACAGCCAAUUCAGCAGAUCACCAGCAACAACAAUGGUGCACACACUCGCGAGAAGGUCCCGUUCACACUCAUCGGCCGAAAGGAAAAGUGUGGGGACGUGCACUAUGAGAAGCGCCACUAUGAGAAAGCCCAUUGGGCCUGCAUCACAGUCUCCGAGGAAACGUAUGAGCAGAGCAUCUGCUACGGCUUCAUGAGGAUCAUGAGAUACAUCUGCCAGCAAAACUCCGCAGGUAACUACUUGGGCAUGACGCUGCCCAUUGUGACUGUGGUGCACACAGACGAGAUGCGCAGGGACCUGAUGCGCGCCGUAACUGUGGCCUACUACCUGCCCGACCAGCACCAGGCCCAACCUCCACAGCCUCAUGACGCGGACAUAGUCAUUGAGGAGUGGCCCGCCGCCAUCAUCUACUCCAGACCUUUCACUGGGGCAACUAAUGAAGUAACGAUUGUUAACGAAAUCCAGGCCCUGUCAGAGGUGCUGGAUACACCUGGCGACUGCGUCAACGACACCUUCAUCAUUGCCGGAUACACCAACCCUGCUCACGCCAACCGACAAAAUGAGAUCUGGUUCCUGGAGAGGCGCUGAAUGCCUCGGUUUUCUUCUCUGAGUCCCGCUAACCUUCAGAGACAAACUUCACUUAAGUCCAGUCCAAAACCGACCCAUUUUAUCCCAUCACACUCCCUUCAUCAGUCCCUACUCACCAACCUUACAAAGGCACACCUUGACCGUCCUCAAUCCCAUUAGGAGGGAGUUCUGGGCCAGGGGUGCUGUGGUGGGAUGGGGCCUGGGAAUGGGCUUCAAUUACCCUCAUGGGAUGGGAUUUCCAGCCCAGUGCUAGUCUACAGCCUUAGGGCCAAGAGAGACUUCAUGUAAUCACACAGUUUCUCAUUAGCACAGCGUCUCUGUUGUCCAAGCUACCCACAGCCUCAACUCUGAUAUAAAACACCCCAUCCCCACGCCCUCAGAAAGUCUACAGAUAAAAAAGACAAGGGACGACUUUUGUUCAGAGAGGAUGACAUUUUGCUAGGGCCAUGGGAAAAAAGUGACACUCUAUAGUGAAUCUUAAAAAGAAUGCUACAUUGAGGCUUGCCUUUGUCUCUGUUACAGUCAUAAGAAAAAUAUUUCUUUUAGUCUAAUUUAGACAAAUACUCUGGAAGGGGUAGGAGGGGAUUAUUACAAGUACUAUCCAGUGUAACAACUACUACUUGGUGACUGGUUUCUGUAGGAUGACAGAAAGCACAGAUGGUGAUUGAAAGGUAACAAACCUGGUCAAUUUCAGCAGCACUCAUCAAGUACAACCACCCCAAGUCCUCAUGCACAACUUUAGACACUUAAACCAGUUGAAUGUAUGAACACUCUCUCACGCAGAUACAUGUAAACUCAUAGAGUAACAGUGACCUCUUAUUCUGCCAACCUGAAAAUCACUGCAUCACUACACAACCAAAUAUUCAAAUUCUCACUUUCUUCCUGUAUGACAAUCAAGCAUGCCUUUUCCGCAUGCCGCAUUUUCUCGCUCUUAAUUCUCUAAGCCAUGCUGUGAACAUACUGUCCCACACACACACACCACACGAACAUACACACUCUAACACAGUUUCUGAUAUACCUCUAUCAAUCUAUUUCUUACUUUACCUUGUGUCAGUGUUGACAGUGAGAAAGCACUUCUUGCCAGCUAACUUUGGCAACACUCAGCGACCUAGUAGGAGCAGUAAUAUGCUUGUUUGAAUGAGAGUAUGUAGAACUAACGUAGAAUGAUAUAUAUAUAUAUAUAUAUAUAUAUAUAU